AUGCCCCCACCUCCGCACUGCAACAAGUGCAAGGUGGGUUUUUGUCAGCCAGGUGAUUCCUGGUGUGUGGGCUGCUCGUCGCUGGAGCUCGGGCAGUCUUUGCUGAAGCAGUCCUGGGGGCAUCCUGGCAUCCGAGCCGCUGCUGAGGAAGCUAUCCUCUCUGCAGCCCGGCUUGUGAAGGCCUUUAGCAACCUGGACCGCGGCCUCUCGCGAGGAGCUGCUGAGCCUGGGCCUGGUUUGACACCCAAGGCCAAAGCACAGGGACCUCGAUCCCGGUCUUCACGCAGGGAACCCUCUCCUGGUGGUAGUGAGGAGUUCUUUGACGAGGAGUCGGAAGAAGAGGAGGAGCCAGACCUUCCCCCACGAGCUCCAGAGUCCGAGGAGGUAGUGAAAUCGGAGCCCGGCGCUAGGGAGCGCCAUCCUGGCAGCAGGGCACCCCCUGAGCCAGAAGGUCCUCCCCCUGGGAGACCUCGAGAAGAUCGACCAGAGAUCCCUCGUCGACGUGACAGUGGAGGCGACGGUCACAGUCAUAAGAAGAAGAAAAAGAAAAACAAGAAGAAGAAGAGAGGAGGUGCAAAGCACCAGAAACAUUGGAGAGAGCAGAGAGAUCCGUUUCGGAGGAGCCAUCGGCCGCUGGGUGCUGCAACCCUUGCGCUUGCCCGAUCCUUUCGUGCGGGUCUGGACAGAGAAGAGGCAGAAUGGCUCACAGAGGAAGAUCCUUUGGAAGAGGAUGGGCGAAGGGAAGCUGUGGAGGAAGCUCUACGCGCAUCCCCAAAGCCCGCAGUGAUGCAGAGGUACAACACCACAGAGGCUGCUUUCUGGUUACACCGGCACGUCCCAGUGGGGUCGGUGCUGGUGUACGCCGCAGAGGGUUCCGAACUGGGCGCCGCUGGCUCCAUAGCCGUGCUGGUGACAGGUUACGAAUCCACAUCCCUCGGGGUUUGGCUGGACACGAAAGUCCUUGGCUGCUCCUCACCGGAUUUUGCAAAGCAGAUUGCAGCCAAGUUCAGAGGAAGUCGAAAGAGGAGGCACCACAUCUGUUACCCAGAUCCCGAAGGACAGUGCCCGAUCCCCUUCGAGUCUGGCGUUCAUUUGAGGGAAUUCGAAUGGCACCCUCCUGGCGCCUUCAAGGAGGCAAAAGACAAGGACAAGCGGCCAGCUGGCGCUGCGCCGAAGGCUGCAGCUGCGCCCUUGGAACAACGGUUGAGCCAGCUUCGUGCCAGAGUCAGUCCGCGCGUCUCCUUUGGUCCGGUAGGGGAAGAAGCUAUAUCCGCUGCUCGUCCAGGGCGUUCUGCGGAGCUACCCCGGGCUGGGAUCUUACGCCGGCCUGGGGGAGGAUCCUCACCGCCGGCCCCACUCCCUCUUGGGGAUCAAGUCAAGAAGGAGACGGAAGUUGUGGAAGUAGAAGACAGCCCCAGCAAGAGCAGGGGGCGGAAGACAAAGCACAAGGAUGUGGGGGAGGCGCUGGCUCGUGCUGUAGCCGCGCGCCAAUCCAAGAGCCAGAAGGCGGAAGCAAAGAAACGGAAGAAGUCAAGGAGCCGCUCGAGAGAGAAGGACAAGAAAAGAAAGAAGAGGAAGGAGAAGGGAUCCAGCAGUCCAGGAUCCUCGGACGACAGUUCAGGGGAGGAGAGUUCGAGUGCUUCCCUUCAACCACCGCUCAAGAAGAAGGCCCUCAAGGAGCCCGGCUCGGUCUUCCGCCUCCUUAUGAAUCAGGCGGCAGAACAGCUGGCCCAGGAGGGGUUGGAGAUGGAAGGCUCGUUGUCUGCGGUGACGAAGGGGCCCAGGGUGAAGCUCUACAGCUUCUACCAGCUGGCUUUGAAGCCGGCGCUGGACCCUCGGUCCAGGGAUUGCAAGGAGAUCGCCCUUCUGGCUCGCGGAUUGGACCUCCUUCAAGAAGGGGACCUCCCGCAGCUGGCCGAUUUGUUGGCCGCACGGCUUAUCGCCGUCGAAACAGCCACCCGUCAAGGGUGGCAGACGGCCAAAUUCCUCGAGAUACAGUCGUUGGAGGACGACGGCACUGCUCCUCCCCACAUCCUGUUGGCCGCCCAGCGGCAUUCCCGCCAGGUCGGGAAAGCAGGAGGGAAAAACUCCUGGGGCCGCGGGCAAGGGUGGCAAUGGGAGUGGGGGGGAGAGGAAAAGGCAAAGGGAAGGAUCCCCGAGGCAAGGGGAAGAAAGGCAAGCAAAAAGGCAAAGGCAACAAGGGAAAUUGGAAUGCCUGGGCCGGAGGAGACAAGGAGAAGCCUUCGGAAAAAGGAGGCAAGGGCGAAGGAAGUUGAGCCCCAUUCCCGCUGGUUCUUUGGAGCCGUGUUCCGGGUUGAUGGAUGCGACAUGUGCGAGUGGGGCGCUGGUGCCCCUUUGGAAGGCGCCUUGGCAUCUGCGCUGGAUGGGAACUCUAUCGCAGACUUUAAAGGGCUGAUGGAGAAGCUGUCCAAGUGUUCCAACCUGGCGGAAUGUGGCGUUUGGCUGGCAUGGGGAUUGCAGAGAAAGUUUUUGAGCCUUUCUGGGCCCAUUGCUGGACCUUCACAGGCCGCUGAUCGGAAAUCCCGGUCGAGCGGCUUGUUUCCCCUGCCGGUCACUUUUCCGGUAUUUGGGGGUGACAAUUGGCCAAGCCUGGCUGAUCUCCAAUCGCGCGAAGUCGCUGUUGAGUGUUGGCUAGGUGUGGCCAUUACGGCCAUCAAUGCUUUGUAUGGCUGCCCUCAAGAUGGUACGCUGCGAAAGCCAGGAAAAGUGCAUGCUGCAGCGUUCCGGGUGUUGAAAAAUAGGAUUGAUAGGUUUUUAGAAGGGGAAGUUCCCACUGACUUGAGUUUCGAGAAGAUUUGUUUGGAGUUGAAAGAAAGAAGAAUUAGCUAUACUGGUGAAGAAAUAGCCCAACCUGUGGCACUUAGCGUGGUUCAUAUCCAGAAAGGGGAGGAGCUGAAACUUUUCGAGCUCCUUCGAGAGCGUGGGGUUAUCGAAUGGGUCCCGGCGGAAACUGCCUUUGUCCUGGAGGCCACCACCCCUGAUAGGGCGUGGUGGCAGGUGUACCUCGACAACUUUUUAUCGGCUGAUGCGGAGGGGAAGAGCUCUGACUCGCUUCACCGCAAGCUUCAAGAGCUGGCAAUGCGUGCCUGGGACUCUGCGGGGAUCCUCUCUGCUGAGGACAAACAGGUCUUGAGCUCUUCAGAGGUCAUUGAACUGGGUGUUAGAAUCGAUGGCGCUCGUGGGCUGCUGGGCGUCUCGCCCGAGCGGCUGCUCAAGACCUUGUUGGUAGGACAAGUUCAUAAGGAGGUGCUGGCAUUAAUGUGCCUUGCACCGCUCCUUCAAACGGAUUUGAGAGCCGGCUACGACUCCGUUGUCACCUGCAGUGACGCCUCCGAGCAUGGUGGGGCAGCGGCCCGUUCGGCUGGGCUGACAUGGUCAGGGAAAUCCUUGGUCGGUUUUUUGGCAGACCAGCGGCUGCAACCAGUGCGGCAGGGCAUCCUUUUGAUUUCAGUUUUUAAUGGCAUGGGCGGCAUGUUCCGCAUUUAUGACGUGUUAGGCGUUUGUGUGGAUGGCCGCAUUUCAAUCGAUAUCAGUCGUACAGCCAAUAGAGAAAUUUUUGGUACCUUCUGCAAAGUCAAGUACUGCGUGGAGAAUGUGGCCUCGAUGGAUGAGAGGGCGCGGCAGGAGAUCUCUGCUUGUCUGGGGAUUUGUCCCAUCAAGCUGGAUCCAGCUGACUGCCUGCCUACUAGUCGCCCUCGACUUGCGUGGUGCACUGAGGAACUUUUUGCAAUGGAAGGACUUCAGCUCUGGACAGAACGUGAUUACUUCAGGGCGGUUGUUAGUGGCCCUGGUAUUCCGACAUCUAGCUGGAUCCGUCCAGGCUGGGUCUGGGAAGGUGAGCACCAGGGAGCCAAGUUUCCCACUUUCAUGAAAAGCAUCAGGCGUCAACGACCACCUCCAGCACCCGCUGGGUUUCACCGUGCGGCACCGGAGACUCUGCGCCGCUGGCGUGAGGAUGAGUUCAGAUUUCCUCCUUAUCAAUAUGCUUCGCAGUUUCUGGUUUCUCAUCCCACUUUGGGUCAACGCCCGCUGGAUGCGUCCGAGCGGGAGUUACUGUUGGGAUUUGGUGCAGGCCACACAAAAACCUGCAUGUCGGCCUCGGAGGCUAAGCGGAGCAAAGCGGCCUAUGAGGAUGCCAGAAAGUCCUUGUGUGGGGACUCGUAUUCGGUGCUUUCGUUUGCAGUGAUGGCCAGCCAGAUGUGCGCCGAUUGUAUGCCACGUAUGGCGCCGGCGCAGAUUGUCCGACGGUUUGGUCUGGCCCCUGGUGCAACAGCACACCCUGACGUGGAGAUCCCGUUGACCCGCUGGCUUGCUUAUGGUGGCUCCGGAGAUCCUGGUCCAGCUGCCGCUCAUGAGCUGGUCAAGGUGCUGCUGGCUGCCAAAUCCCAAAAGGAGCGGAGGCGGCGCCGUGCAGGCAUCAGACUCAAAGACUACAGUAUUACUGAGAAGACCAGGCUACGUUAUGAGAAAGCUGUGUCGCGUCUUCUUCCUUUUCUGGAAUCACAGCCUGAUCUCAGUGAUAUUGAUGCAGUACUCUGUGAGUACAUCGAGUUGCAAUGGGCUCGUGGUGAGUCCCUUUACUUUAUCUCAGAUGGUUUGUCAGGCCUACAUUUCUUUUGGCCCGAAUUGCGUGGUAUUCUGAGAAACGCCUGGCGGUAUUUUAAAACUUGGAGGCGUAUCGAAGCGCCGGCCCGGGCACCGCCGAUCACGGUGAUGCUGGUUAAGGCUACGAUUAGCCGUGCCGUGCAUCUUGAUCAGCUUGGCUUUGCUUGUAUGUUGGCAAUUGGUUUCCAUGGCCUCUUGCGCACAGGUGAACUCCUAAAAGUUCGGAACUGUGACCUUGAGCUCGCAAAGGCCUGUGGUAUUUUGUCCUUGAAGCAAACCAAAUCUGGCUUGCGGGCUGGUGCCGAUGAAGCCAUUGCGUUGCGGGACAGCUUGACUUUACAGUUGCUUGAUACCUGGCGCUGUGUUGUUAAACCUGCGCCGGGUGACCUUUUGUGGCCUUAUAGUGCUCAGUGCUUCCGCGGGCGUUUUCGGGAGUACCAGCGCUUCUUUCGAAUCAUGCAAUUAGGGUUCAAACCCUACAGCCUCCGUAGAGGAGGAGCAACCCUGCUCCUUCAGCAGGGUUUGGCUAUGGAGGCAAUAUUGCUUAGAGGACGCUGGAAGUCCCUUGCUGUCGCACGGGUCUACCUCCAAGAUGGCUCCGAAGCGACGGAACCGGACAUCGUUUGGGCGGCCAAAGAAAGGUAUUGCAAGCAGAGGUUGACUCUGUUAGACUCGGUGGACAGCGCCUUUGCUCGUGACCUGCGUUUCAUGGAAGGUGUGGUGGAGGUGCGCCCGAGCCUGCCUCAGCUCUGGCGUUGCUUGGAGCUGCUACAGCUGCAGCGGAAGCAGAUCCAGGUGGUGGCGGAGGAGAUGCUGAAACAGCUCCAGGGCAUCCUGGCUGCCCGUGCCACUCGCCUCGUGGCGGAGGAGUCGCCCGCUGGCGGUGUCGCCGCUGGCACGGCGACCUUCCGCUGGCUGGAUGGCGUGUCCAAAGCGACGCCGGUGCUCCACGUCAUGGAAGGAUACAUCAACUUUAUGUGUCGGUACGCUGCGGGGGAUGAGGCCGAGGUCUACAAAGCUUUGGGUUUCAGCCUCUAUCCCCGCCUGGUGAAGCUCCUGGUCAGCCCCUCGCCACAGCAAGAACGGUGCUUGGAAGCGGGACCCGGUGAAAAGCGAGGUAGUGAGGGGACGUCCAAUGACUUCGUCCUACAGGGCUUUGGUGACUGUUUUAGUGCCAUUUGGAUUUUGCAGACCAGGGUCCAGCGGUGGAAGACUUUGAGCGACGCCUGCAACAGCGAGGUUUUAUUUCAGCUGCUGAGACAAGCCUGUCCCGCCUGGUCCAUGGCCAAAGGGAGGCGCAAAGUCAGCAGCCUCAGCUCUUGGUCCAAGCGAGACGCUGGAUCUUGGACGAGUCCGAAGAUGCUGUGUCUGUCCAUCUUGGAAACUCCACGUCCAUCCAGGUUUGGUGGAGAUGCCUUGCAGGUCUCUCCAGCAGCAGAGAAGUUGGCCAGGUCUUUCGGCCAACUAAGCCACUUCGCUGAUGAGGAGGUGCAGACGGCCGGACGCUUGUGCUGGUUGUUUGCCAUCUUGAGGCCCUACGCAUCGUCCGGGGGCUUGACGCGGCACCCGCGCCGCUGUGGUCUCUUUGUGACGGAUGUGAUGUUCCUGAUUCAUCAGCUGCAGAGAGAAGUGCCCGCGAGCUGCAGGCCAUUGAAGCAGAUUAAGGCCUUGAAGCGAAAGUGUCAGGAGGAACUGCACGCCAUGAUGAAAUGCCAAGAGGAAGCCCUGCUGACUUCCCUGAAGCCCUGCCGCCUGGUGGCCACGGGCAACGGCUUCUUGGAGGCUGAGACGGCCCUGGGAGCUGCAGCUGGGGAGAUGAAGGCCACCUGUGCUGCGCUGUCGUCGCUGCCCCGACCCUUGCUCCAGGAGGUGACGAUGCACCUCUUGGGCCUGUUCUGUCACGAGCUCCUUGCGAAGCUGCUCCGCGGAGAGGAGGAGACGACUGAGAGCACCGCGCGGCGACUGCAGGAAUUUCCCGUGGCCAUGGGAGCACGGAUGGUGGGCGUGGGCAACCGACUCUUAGAAACUGCCUUGGCACGAGGGGCCAACAACGAUUUCAGGGAGGUACUGGCCGGUUUGAAGGGGUCGCCCUCUUCAAAAGCUGAGGCAGACUCUGGUGGUGGUCCUGCGGCCGCUGCGCCGCAGCCGGCGACUCUCUCUGCGGACGAAAUCAGCAGCGCUGUGACGUUGCUGACUUCGGGGCAGUGCAUGGUACGACAAAGUUUGCAGGCUGCUGGAUUGGACAUACAACUGCGAGAGAAGGUCCCGAGUUAUGGCAAGUUAUCCCUGACGACGGACCUCUUGGGCUCCGACUUCAUCCGUUUCCGCGAACGCCGCAAAGCGCUGCAGAAAGUGAUGUCCAAAGAGGAAGUGAUAGGACUCAUGUCCUUGAGUUUCUACGAUGAGGCCAAUGGGGCAGUGUUGGUGGGGAGCGAUGUCCGGACGCUCCCAACAGCCGUUCAUUCCAGUUUGGAUGACCACUGUGCAGCUCAGCAAGGCGAGGCCGUCGAGACCCCAGUCGACCUGGAGGAGAUCCAUCUGCAGCUCAAGAUGUGCAGCAAAUGCGACUUUGAUCCAGUAGCAGCACUGCAGGGCCUGGCUGUGGAGGUGGUGCUGGCCAAAUGCUUUAAGCAAUGCAAACGGGGACCCAAUGCCAGACUGGUGCGCACUGGUCAUGAGAAGGGCCUAAAGGUGAAGGGCAUGACACUUGCGUACGUCUUGCCGGAGCCUCCAGCGCCCAGCCACAAACAGUUGCAGCUUUCAGUGGCAGCUCCAUCGGCCAUCAUGGAGUCUACGUUGGAACGAUUCAGCCACAUUUGCUCCAUGACCCACGCAAUGGGACAGAAAGAGGCGAAGGACAAGACUUUUCAUGAGAUCAAGAGCCUCACUGCAGCUGAACGAGUGGCCAAGCUGAUUCAGAAUCUGUCAGGUUGGCUGUUGGCCCUGCAAGCAUGGUCGGCAUGGGGCAUGAGUUGCUUCUCCGAGAUCAAAUUUGGUUGGUGUGAGUAUAGCUCCAUUGAUCCGGAUGCACCUCCGAGUUGUCCUGACUAUGUCUUUUCAAUCGCAAGCUUUCAAAGAAAGCUGGAUUCUCACUACGUCUUUGAUCAGAGGCCACCGCUGAUGGAGGCCUUUUUCAUUCAGCGGCUGCAUGAUGACUACAAGCAGAGUUUGGUGGAUGCUGACUGCCCCAACCCUUUGAUCAUGGCUGCCAUUUUGCUGGCCGAGUUCCAACUCUUGGCCCCAUCUUGGAUUGACUUGGAUCGCGGCUUUUCCUUGGUGAAGAAGGCUGGUAGCUUCAUCUCUCCUGACUUGGCCAAUGACUUCGUGAUGGCCAUCUCGACGUCAGGAAGGCAGCUCUACGAUGAAGCCAUGAAGCUUGCGCGGGAGGCGUCGCCUUUCCAGCAGCACUUGAUGGCCUCAAAACCUGCAGCUUGGCCUUUGCAACGCGCCAUCAAACGCAUUCAGGUCGCACAGGACGCCGUGGGCGACGCCGUCGGGGUGGCCCUGGGCAUUGUGGGACGACCGGUGCCAUGCGCCACGGAGAUCCAAGGGAAAUCCAGCACCACCUCCUUCAGCACGAAGUGUUUUGGAAUGGACACCGUAGCCAGGGUGGACUUUGUGGUGGCUCAUUGCCGGGAGGACUUGAGCUGGUUGACCAAGCAGCUGCAGCGGGUUCCCCUGGGAGCCAGGCUCUUGAUCUACGAAAAAUGUGGCGCGCCAUUGGCUCCAGAUGUCUUGGCUGCGCAGUUGCCAACGGAACAUUUCAUGGCCGUGUGGCAAAUAGAUCGAGCUGACAUAGGUGCCGCGCGGGGCGACGAGUGCUCGGCGUACCUGACGCACAUCUUGGGAAGCUACGAGAACUUGGCGGAUUUCACCAUCUUUCUGCAGAGCGAUCCCAUGGAUCAUCUCCAUUUCGAUUUCUUAGACCUGGUUCUCAGGAGCAUUGCUGCAGGCACCUACACUACCCCCUUCCUGCCACUGAAUGGCCCGCGUCACGUGCGCACGCUGACACCAUGCUUGCAAGCCGUUCACGAGGAGAUCUUCAAAGAAAAUAUCUCCGAACUUUUAGGCCCUUACUGCUGUGCGCAGUUCGCAGUGUCGCGAGACGCUAUCCGAAGACAUGACAAGGACUUCUAUUUGCAUAUGCUCAGUUUGGUAGACGGCUCCAGCAAUGUGGAUCUCUGUGGCAUGGAGGGAACAAAGCGCAGCACCCAAUGCUAUGGCUUCGAGUUCCUGUGGCACGUGGUCUUCGGGGAGAAACCGGAGCCGCCUGGGCGCGAAGACGACGUGCGGCUGCCGCUGCAUCUGCGCUUGAAGCAUGGCAAGGAGCAUACCCGAAGAAACUGGAUCGGAGUGCCAUUGGCCAGGGACAUUCCUCUGAAAAUGUUUCCUGACCACGAACAUGGCAAUCCGAUGUAUGCAGAGUAG